AUGUCUGUAAGGAGGAGGAGGUUCUGGCUGACCAGCAGCUCUGUAACCAGGAGAGGAACUCCAGUCUGGACCAAGAGGACCCAGAGCCUCCAGAGAUUAAAGAGGAACAGGAGGAACUCUGCACCAGUCGGGAGGGAGAGCAGCUUGUACUGAAGGUGGAGACGGAAACCGUCAUGUUGACUCCAGCUUAUGAGGAAAGUGACCACAGUGAAGCAGAACCAACAAGUGACCACCAGCUCCUCUCUAACAACUCUCAUGGAGCUGAGAGCCGAGACCAGAAAGGAGGAAAACCUGGAGACUCGGGAUCAGCUGGAGAUGGAGAGCAGAAGGAAAAGAAAAGACGUCACGGAAAAAAUAAAAACUCUACCUCAUCAGACAUUCAACAUAACACUCACCCAGGUGAAAAGACUUUCAGCUGUGACACAUGCGGAAAGACUUUUAAGUUUAAGUCCCACUUGAAUAUACACCUAAGAAUCCACACAGGUGAGAAGAAGUUUACUUGUAAAACAUGUGGUAAAGAUUUCAGGACUCUUAGCCAGUUAACAGUCCACAUGAGAGUCCACACAGGCGAGAAGCCGUAUUCUUGCAAUACCUGUGAGAAAACAUACUCUGAUCCAUCUAGUUUGAAUAGGCACAUGAGAACUCACACAGGUGAGAAACCGUUUACUUGCGAAACAUGUGGGAGAGCUUUCAGCCAACGUACUUACUUAACAGACCACAUGAGAACUCACACAGGUGAGAAGCCAUAUUCUUGCAAAACAUGUGGGAAAGGUUUCACGCAAAAGAAAACCUUAAGAGAUCACAUGAGAACUCACACGGGUGAGAAGCCAUUUACCUGUGAAAUUUGUGGGAAGGCUUUCCCGGUAAACAGUCAUUUAACAGCUCACAUGAGAAUCCACACAGGUGAGAAGCCUUUUACCUGUGAAAUUUGUGGGAAGGCUUUCAGGCAUUGUAAACACAUAGCAGAACACAUGAGAACUCACACAGGUGAGAAACCGUAUUCUUGCCAAACAUGUGGGAAGACUUUCACGCUAAAAGGUACCUUAACAGCUCACAUGAGAAUCCACACAGGUGAGAAACCAUUUACAUGUGAAUUUUGUGGGAAGGCUUUCAGGCAUCGUGUUCAAUUAACUUGUCACAUGAGAAUCCACACAGGUGAGAAACCGUAUUCUUGCCAAUCAUGUGGUAAAGCUUUCCUGCUAAAUAGUCAUUUAACAGUUCACAUGAGAAUCCACACAGGUGAGAAGCCAUUUAGCUGUGAAUUUUGUGGGAAGGCUUUCAGACAUCGCGUUCAAUUAACUUAUCACAUGAGAAUCCACACAGGUGAGAAACCGUAUUCUUGCCAAACAUGUAGGAAGACUUUCACGCUAAACAGUCACUUAACAGCUCACAUGAGAGUCCACACAGGUGAGAAGCCAUUUACCUGUGAAAUUUGUGGGAAGGCUUUCGGGAGUCGUGCUGCAUCAUUUUAUCACAUGAGAAUCCACACAGCUGAGAAGCCGUUUACUUGCAACAUGUGUGGGAAAACAUUACGUAAUUCGUCUAGUUUGAAAAGGCACAUGAGAAUCCACACAGAUGAGAGGCAGUAUUCGUGCAAAACAUGUGGGAAUACUUUCGAGCAUCGUAGUGCCUUAACAGCUCACAUGAGAAGUCACACAGGUGAGAAACCAUAAUUUUGCCUGGGGAAAGUUUGUCUGAUCAGUCUGCUCUGACUAAACAUUUGAUGACACGUACAGGCGAGUAGCCUUGUAUUUCCAAAAUAUGUUGGAGGUGAUUCAUGUGUGUCUAUCUUCAUGCUGAUUUGCCAUAUUUGUUAACAUGAUGAUUAAAAAGUCGAGUUAAUCGGCUCAUUAUUAAAUGAGUAAUUAUUGGGAAUGUGGCCUGACUAUGUGACCUGUACUGACCUUUCAAUAUGAAUGUAAUGUGAAUAUCCUGGUUACUGGGACAAACAGAACAUUAGGAAAUGGGAAUGUGAUCAUGUUGAAUAAGUACACACACACACACGGUGUAAAACCAGACGGACAGAAUUUGAAAUGUUUCUUCAGUCCAGUAAAUAAACAGGAACCCACUAUCUGCAAGUC